AUGGGUUCUGAGCGUGAGAACAAGACGUUCCUCGCGAGGCUCUGCGAGCAGGCCGAGCGCUACGAUGAAAUGGUCAAGUACAUGAAGGAAGUCGCCAAGAUCGGUGGCGAGCUCACUGUCGAUGAGCGCAAUCUUCUUUCCGUCGCCUACAAGAACGUCGUCGGUACCCGCCGUGCUUCCUGGCGCAUUAUCUCCUCCAUCGAGCAGAAGGAGGAGUCCAAGGGUUCCGACCAGCACGUCGGCAUCAUCAAGGACUACCGCGACAAGAUCGAGAAGGAGCUUGAGGAUGUCUGCCAGGAUGUCUUGAACGUUCUUGACGAGUCCCUGAUCCCCAAGGCCGAGACCGGCGAGUCCAAGGUCUUCUACUACAAGAUGAAGGGUGACUACCACCGUUACCUCGCUGAGUUCGCCUCCGGUGAGAAGCGCAAGGUCGCUGCCACCGCAGCCCACGAGGCCUACAAGAACGCUACCGACGUUGCCCAGACCGACCUUACCCCCACUCACCCCAUCCGCCUUGGUCUCGCUCUGAACUUCUCCGUUUUCUACUACGAGAUCCUCAACUCUCCCGACCGUGCAUGCCACCUCGCCAAGCAGGCCUUUGACGACGCCAUUGCCGAGCUCGACUCCCUCUCCGAGGAGAGCUACCGCGACAGCACCCUGAUUAUGCAGCUCCUACGGGACAAUCUCACUCUCUGGACUUCCUCCGACAGCCAGGAUGCUGAGGCCUCCAAGGAUGAGGGCGGUGCUCCCGCCGCUUCCGAGGAGGCUGCUCCUGCUCCUGCUGAGGAGAAGCCCGCUGAGGAGACCAAGCCCGCUGAGGAGUCCUAA